CAAAACGCGACAGCCUCUUCCAACAUGAGUGCUGAACUACAACAAGUCCAGAAAGUGUGGGAGCGUAUCCGCACUAACAGCCCAAUUUAUGCUUUUCUACUUCAGGACAUUGACAUCUAUGAUGCUGGGAAAGGUGUUUUCAAUGCGAGACUGCAAGUCGGUCCUCAACAUUUGAAUUCAAAGGGUACCUUACAUGGCGUAUUUUCAGCCUGUGUCACUGACUGGGCGGGUGGCUUAGCGAUUGCAUCGGCCGGUCUCGAUUCAACAGGUGUCAGCACGAAUAUUCAUGUCAACUAUCUCUCAACAGCGAAAACUGGAGACUGGCUAGUAAUUGAAGGUCGCGCCGACAAAGUCGGGCGAAACCUUGCUUUUACAACUGUGACAAUCUCGAAGCAGACUGACUCUAAUGGGAGUACCGUUGUUGCACAAGGAUCUCAUACCAAAUAUAUCAAGACACAAUGA